AUGGAGCAAAACCUAACGCAGAUAAAGGUGAUCGUGGUGGGCGAUUCCGGCGUCGGCAAGAGCAGCAUCCUCUUCCGCUUCGUCAACGACGAAUUCAACGAAUUCAGCGAGGCCACCCUCGGCGCCGCCUUCGUCUCCAAGGUUCACACCUACGGACAGGACAAGACCAUACGCUUCCAAGUAGAAAUGCUGAUAUCGAGGUCUGGGAUACGGCCGGCCAAGAAAAAUACAAGUCCAUCGCCCCCAUCUACUACAGAUGUACGCUCCUUCCCAUCAAGAGUCCCAAAUCGCACUGAGCUGUUUUCCGCGCUGGCAGAGAAGUACGAAGAGGUGAAGAGCCAGCCGGCGGCGGGUAAGGUGGCGGUGGGUAACAAGCUGACUUCUGCUGCGGGGGAGAAGAAGAAGAAGGGCGGGUGCUGCGGCGGGAAGGAGAAGUGA